CAACACGCCCGAAAGAAAAAAAAGAAUAUGGCGCUGUCCUCUCCUCGCUGCGCCGCUGCUGUGUCAUAUCGCAUGUGAUUCGAACUUGUCGGCGGAGCUUAUCGAUGAUAUUUUCGUCGGCUUCGUUCUGCGCCCUAUGUUCCGCGUCGCGAAUCCGAUAAAUGAUGUAACGGGUAAAACCUGGUUCCAGAACGAUGUCAAAAUUGAACGGAUUACUCUUUCUUUGUUCUUUAUCGGCUAUUAUCACUUGGGCUGUUUCAGUCGCUCCUUCAACUCAUUGCGAAGUGCGUGACCAUGAGUUAAACCUUUUAUAUAAUUUAACAAGUUUGUCAUCCGACAAGGAAGAUAUUAUCAUCGAGCAUGACACUGAAAGGAUACGUAUGCAACUGUGUUCCCCGCUGAUUAAAAGAUGCAACAACCAGGAUGGCUACGCGAUAUGUCUGAUAAGAGACAACACAGAGAGAGGAAUAGGAAGGUUUCCUCCGAAAUUAGAUAGUAAUAAUGGAAAAAUUUUGUUCAACUUUACCGGCGACAGUUGUCCAUUUGGAACCAAUUACACCAUGAAGAUUAUUAUGUAUUGUGAUUACGAGGCGGAGAAUAAUUCGCAUCCUGAAUUAUUUUUGCACGGAAACGAAGAGUGCGACUUACACAUAGUGUGGAAGUCGGCGUUAGCUUGCGUGCCCAGAACCCAGACAAACUGUAUAAUCGCCAACGAUGGACAUAUUUACGAUCUGAGUCUUUUAACAAGAACCUCGGAAAAUUAUGUGAUUCCAAUGAAAGACGGGAUUCCUAUGAACAGUAAAGCCAGAUCGCCCAAAAUAAUAUUAAAUGUCUGCCAGAAUGUAAUACAUCACGGCACCUUGUGUCCAGCCAAGUCUGGAGCCUGUCUGGACGAUCCUCAAAAUCCUAAAAGGUACUCAAGCUUGGGAGAGGUACAAAAACCUCCUUUCUUCAGGAACGGAAGUUUACAGAUAGAGUACCAGAACGGUGCAUUGUGCAUUGUGCGAAAUAUUUCAACUCCGCACGUUAAAACAACUAUCACAUUUAAGUGUAAUGUGGCGGCUAUGGGCCUGCCGGAAUAUAUUGGAGGAAGAGAGAGUUGUGAUUAUCAUUUCUUAUGGUAUACCUCUGCAGCGUGCGACGUGGAGACUCUGCGUAAAUACAGUGCUAAAACAGCAGGCAGAUGUACCGUCACGAAUCCAGUUACGAAUUUCACAUACAACCUGCAGACAUUGAUGAACAAAGACUUCACUGUUACGAACACAAGCGGUGUAAAAUACAAAUUCAGAGUUUGCGGUGAGCUGGCGGAUAAUACAUGUGGAGUGAACACAGGAGUGUGUAAUUCACAGCGUGGUACGUCGUUGGGGAAAGCUAAUACACACCUCAUGUGGCAGCAAGGUGGCCCUUAUUUAAAUUAUACCGAUGGGGAUUUAUGCGAGAAUGGAAUGCGUCACUACACACUCAUCGCGUUUGUAUGCGAGCCACAAGGAUCGCCCAACCAGCCGUUGCUCAUGAAAGAAUAUCCUUGUCAGACUAUCAUACACUGGAAUACAGAUUUAGUUUGUGAGAAAAAAAUCAAGUGCGCUACCGUUAAUGACGAUGAGAUCAAUUUGACUCCUCUCAUACAGUCUACAAAUAAUUACGUCAUAAAGGCCAACGGCACGGAGUUUCAUAUAAAUAUAUGCCGACCGUUGGUUCCUACUCCAGGUCUUACGUGUGCGCAUGGUAGUGCUGCUUGUAAAGUUUCGGUAACUUCAAAGAACGAAUAUGUCAAUGAGAUUAGUCUAGGAUUUCCUGAGGACAGUCCAACGUUAAAUAGAGAUCUACGAACAGUGUUACGUUAUAUCAAUGGAUCGCAAUGUCCCGAGAAUCCAGCUAAAACGAUAUCUUCAAAUUUCACAUUCAUUUGCAAUAACAACAAUCAGGGACUUCCGGUGUAUAAACAUUAUGCUAAUUGCACUUAUGUAUUUGAGUGGAAUACGAGCAUAGCGUGUGGAGCUGUGAUGGGAGGUUGGACAGCGCCAUGUACUAUAAAAGAUAGUUUCCUGUCGUAUGAAUAUAAUCUUUCUUUGUUAUACCAGAAGCAACAAUUAUAUAAUGUGAAAAGCAGACAAGGCAAGGAGUAUGCUUUAAAUAUUUGUGGCGGUGAAAAGUUUUGCAACGGUUCUGCUGUCUGCCGUGAAGGCAAUGGUUAUGGAUCGCUGGGAAGUGUGAUUUUCGAUUAUAGUCGUGACGACGUAAAACUUAAAUAUUCAAAUGGCAGUAAAUGUAACAACAAUUCUUACACGUCCGAAGUAAGAUUUAUAUGUAACGAAUCCAUGGGCAUCGGUGCACCGAAACUACUCUUGGAAUCGCAGUGCAGCGCGGAAUUCGAGUGGCACACCGAGGUGAUAUGCGUGAAACAUGCUAAUUCUCGGAACGCGUCUCGGGAAGAUGCAUCGUCGUCCAGAAUUCUUUUGGAACCAUUUUCUCCUAGUCACGCUGGAGCGAUAGCUGGCGUAGUCUUAACUGUGAUCGCGGUGAUGGCCGCUUUAAUUUAUUUCCGAAAUCCGGUGGAAAGGACAUGCUGUCGUCCUUGGACAAACCUGCUUAGUUUCAGAAGAGGCACAGGUCGCGUCCAAUAUUGCAGAGUCGAUACCACUGAGGAAGCUAGACUUUUGCUCGACGCUUCCGACCCUACGCAGUGUCAAUCAGAUAGCGACGACGAUCUUUUGCACGCAUAAAUUGCGCUACAAUGUGAUUAUUAUUUCUGUUUUAGAUUCUAGGUAUGUAAGUUACUGACCAGUUUUGUUAUUUUCAAUAUUUCUAUAAAUUGUCGAAUGAAGCGUCUUGAAAACCCCAUUUAAAAUUAACUGAGCAUAAAAAGUACAUUAUUAUUAACUAUAUUACAUUAAUAAAAAUUGUGUUUUAUAAAUUCCUGCCCUUCUUUUAUUCCUAUCUCUCUCCAUCAUUCCCUCUCCUCU